AUGAGCGGGUCAGACACUCACUUGUCGCUCUUUAAUACGCCUACGAGCCCUCUUUCGCUCGCCAAUCCCGCCCAAAGACCGCCAGUCGAUGGGGAGUCCUCGAAACUGAUGAAGGAGACAGGAGCUUCGGGAGGUGGGAGAACGCGGUCGGACGGCGAGCGAGACGCGCAGGACAGGCGAUUCGGCCAUGAUGGACUGUCGCAUGGUGGGACGGGCGGCCUGCGUGCGGUUGCGGGCGAGCACUCGCUGCCUCAACCACUCGAUUCGGUUUCGACGGGUCAUCAGCGGCGAGACGCGCUUCCUCGGGCGCGCCCGCAUGCGGAAGGCUUGCAUGAGCGUGAGGGAAGUGUGUUGGACAGGCGCACGAGCGAGCUCCUCGAGCAGACCGGGCUCGCGGACCUCCUCGACGACUCCCUCGUCCACCCCAACAACCGUCCUACGUCCACUACUCUUUCGACAAGCCGUUCCACCUCGUCGGUCUCGUCUAAAUACUACGCUGCAUCCGCCGAACCGCCCACGUCUACCUCAGCACGUCCAGUCCCCCGCUCGCCGCCAAGAUCCUCUCGCACCCUCUCUUCCGCCGCCCUCGCCGCCCUCGCCGACUCUCCCGCCCGCCCGCCUCGUCCACCGAAGAGUCAUGCGCGUCCACCGAGUCGGGCGUCCAUCGCUUCGUCGGCCGACUCGGGCGCAGCGACAGAAGGAGGCGGCGGAACUCCCGACGCAGGUCAUGUCGACUCGGGCAACCCUUCCGCCAUCCAACCGUUCGAUUCGCCGUCGCUCGAAGAGGCAGGCGGCCUCGCCUUCCCUCGCCUGCGUGCUGGGACUGCCAGCACAGACCGCACCCCCGCCCUCUCAACCGCCUCGUCCGCCUCAGCGCGCAACUCGGCUGUCUUCUACUCGUCGCUCGAGGAGGAGGUCGAAGAUGACGGCGAACCAUGGAACGCUGCGACGCCUGCGACGACGGUCGACUAUUCGUCUCCGUCGUUUCCCUCGUCCGACUUGGCUGCGGUCGACCCGCAUGCCGCCUCGCCAGCUUUGAAGCGGACACGGCCCGUCGAGCCCCUCCAGCUCCACCUCGCACCGCCCAUGUCGCCCUCCUCGACUACCAAUACGCUCAAGGGCCUCGGACUUAACUUCUUCACCGCCUCAGCCGCAUCGUCUUCCUCGACCACUGUCUCCUCGCCUUUGAGCGCCACCGUCCCGCCUAUGCUGAACGAGGACGACCUCGACCGCGAGUUGGAGCGGCUGAGCCAGUACGCGAAGAGCUUGCCUAGCCCGCUGCCGGGUGUCUUUGCGAGGUCCGAUCCGUCGUCUGCGGGAGUGGCGGAUUGGACUGCGCAGGACGAAGAUGCUGCGGAGUCGGCGGUGGAGGAGGAGAAGACGCUCGUUGUGGACGGGCUCCGCACGGCGGACCCCGUCCCGCCUGUGCCGCCUCUGCCGCCUCACUUCCCCUCAACUCACCCUCAUCCAGCGACCCACUCUUUCGGACCCAGCGCCGGAACUUUACUCGCCUCCCCUUCUCGCCGUCCAGCGCUCCUCAACCUCCCAAAUUACCGCCCCGCCCCCUCUACCCGCGACUAUCUCUCCCCCGCCCCCGGUCUCGGGAUUGCAGACGAGACAGACUUUGUCUCCACCACGGAUGCUGGCGAAGACGACGAUGACGAGGAUGACGAAGGCGACGAUUCGUUCGGGUUCCAGAUCGACACUCGCGUUCCGCCGCCAAAUGCGUUCGGGAGGAAUGAGAAGGCGACGAGUUUGUGGAAUGAGGAUGUGGCGUGGAGGGGGUCGCCUGCGGUCAGUACGGCGGGAGCAGGACAGGCGGAGAGGGAGAGGGAGGAUGUGGUUGAUUGGAGCGAUUCGCCGGUCGAAAAGAGGGAGUUGCCGCGAGAAACGACGCACCUCAUCCUCGCUCGCAGCAAGACGCCGUUCCAGAUCGCGCCGCUCCUCACAAACGCCGUCCCAAUGCUCACGCACGGCCUCGUCGUUCUCGACAUUCGCGAAUGCGGCCUUUCCGAAAUCCCGUCCGCCAUCGCCUCGUGCUGCUUCCUCCAAGAACUCGACGUCUCGGGCAAUUCGCUCGCCAUGUCGACUCUUCCGUCCUUCCUCGGCACUCUGCCCGCCCUCAAUGUCCUCCUCGCCGACGAGUGCAAUCUCGCGAGCUUGCCGAAUUCGCUCUCGCAGCUCACGAGGCUCCACACGCUCUCGCUCCGGCGGAAUCGGCUCAGAAUGCUCCCGUCGUGGUUGUGCCGCCUCACCGCGCUCGAGACGUUCCUAAUCGACGAGAACCCCUUCGUCUGGGAGGUGCAGAACCUCGUGCGGCCUCUGCUCGUCGACGCCGGUGUCGAGCGCGAAGACGGUGCACGGACGCCACUCUCGCACGCUCCUUCGCCCAUCCCGCCAGCGUCUUUCCGCAGCACACCUUCGCCACUCCCGCCUCCACCCCAGUUCGCCGACUCGCGCCCUCCCUCUCCCGCCUUCGCUCGCUCGCGCUCAAACUCGUCGAUUCCGGCAUGGUCCAGUUCCGUCGCGCCGUCGCCCGCCUUGUCGCGCGCCUCGUCUCGCGGCGACUUGAGCGAGUCGCUCGGCAGCCUCAUGCUGCGCGAAGAUGCGAGUCCGCUGCCGACACCUUCGCCUGCAUUCAGUGCGAGUGGCGAAACCAACGCCGAACCGGUCGACGCGGACAAGAAGGAGAAGCGCAAGUGGGGUCAGCGGCUGCUCAAGAAGGUAUCGGCCGGUCGGUUGCGGUCGUCGUCGAGUGCGUCGAAGCGGCCUGGUGCGCUCGAUGCAGACGCGAGGACGUUCUCGCAACCUGUCACGCGAGGAGAAGAGUCGGAGGCGGAGAAGCAGGUCCCGUCAAGCGGUGGGAUGUUUGGCUCGCUCGGACGCAAGACGAUCAAGCGGUCGAAGGGGCCAGCACAGGCCCCGCGAAGUGCGCCGCCUGUCAACAAGCGCAAGUCGUUCCUCUUGCUCGACGCCUUCUCGCCGGCGCCCGCUUCGCCCGGUACUCCAGCGCUGAAUGACCACGCAUCCGCCCUUCGCAACGUCCUCGCCUACCUUCGCGACCUCGACGACCUCUCACCCGACGUCUUGCUCCCGGCUAUUCCGCUCGACAACCCGUCACCGCACCUGCGCCAUUCGCCUUCGCUCGGCGCGCUCACUCCCGGAGGAUCGCCUCGACCUGCGUCGCCCGCCUCGAUGCGCCGAGCGCAGAGCACCCGUCGGCUUCCUUCGAACGGCUCAGUCCGACGAGGCUCGUCUGCCCACUUUUCGCAGUUCCUCGACGAUACGCCCGAUCCGUCCGACCGCUCAUCCUUCAUUCUUUCGAUGCCAGAUCUUGCGGCUUCGAAGGUCAACGACGACCCAGCCAAGCGCGACGCGAUCCUCAAGGAGAUUGUCGCGACCGAGCAGUCGUACCUGCGUGGGCUCGAGGAGUUGUGCGGCAUCUACGUUGCGAGCGCAAGCGUGCCUGUCAGCAGCAGCAUGAACGGCGGCAAGAAGGACACGGUCGUCCCGACCGCCGAGCGCAGGGCUGUCUUUGGCAACAUCGAGGCGAUUCGCGACUUUCACCGCAAGAUCCUCUUGCCCGACUUGCUCGCGGCUGUUCGCACCGGCGGCGACUCGACGACGGUUGCGGAAAAGGUUGGCGAGGUCUUUGUCGACCACGCCUCCUUCAUGAAGAUCUACUCGGGCUACAUCAACGGCUUCGACGACGCUCUCGCUCGCAUCCAGAGCUGGGGCAAGAACAGCUCGAACCGUCCGAGCGCCGGCGCUGUGUCCCCCGCCCUGUCUUCGCCCGCCCUCGCAUCGUCGACGACGUUCGAUGCAACCGCCUCGAUCGCUCAGACGUUGUCCUCGAGCCAGCGCAAGCGGAUACGGAGUUGGCUGAAGCGCUGCCGGGCGCACCCGUCACAUUCGCAAAUUUCGCUCGAGUCGUACCUCCUACUCCCGAUCCAGCGCAUCCCUCGCUACCGACUGUUGCUCGAGUCUCUCUCGUCCUGCACACCCGCCCCAAUCGACUCUACAGCAGAUGUCCUGGCGUCUUCGCUCCCGCCGGACUCGCCCUUCGCGCCUCAUCCAAUCAUCGCGCAGGCUGUCGCCGAGAUGGACGCCGUCGCCACCACACUCAACGAGAGCAAGCGCGAGAACGAAGGUCGCGCUCAGCUCGUCAUGUGGCAGAACCGACUCGUCACCAAGUUCAAGUCGCCACUCGUCCAGCCGCACCGCACGCUCCUCCGCAGCGGCUACAUUACCCUCGUCCGGUCCGUCAAACGCUCGACGACGCAGAUGGAGCAGCAGCCACCAAGUCCGUACCGCACGACGAGCGGGCGCUUGCUCGAGCAGCCAGAGCCGGUCGCGACACUCUUCCAGGACACGAAGCAGGUGGAGCUGAUCGCGCUGCUGUGCACCGACCUCCUCGUCCUGUGCCGACGACCGCCGCCGCCGUUCGACGCAGACCCGAACUCGCCGGUCGAGCUCUACACCGUCUUGCGGCUCAACAGCGCACGCGGGACUCCCUUCGGCAGCUCUGGGCGAAGCGAACCUCCCGCUUGCGUCUUUGGCGCCGACGACCUCCUCCGCGUGAAGAUUGGCGACAAGGCCAUCUGCUACUUCCGCUGCAUCGCCGACAACGCUUCGAAGAACCGCAAAGAGGCGUCCGCCUGGGCGAACGCCAUCAACGUCCAGUGGGAGGUCAACACCUAG